AUGAUAGCUCAAGGCAUCUCAGGGCUCAUGCGACCCUUGCUAAGUGGACUGAAUGCGAACAAAAUUCGCUUUAUUUACCUCUGUGGGGUGACUGAGCAGCAUCCCACGCCAGCUAAACAGGGGUCAGAAAGAGGGUUCAGCUCCACGCACAGGCUCCAGGAUGCCCCUGGGGAAUCGCGCUCUGCGGACCAGGUGACGGUGCAUUUUAUAAAUCGGGAUGGAGAGCGACUUACAGCCACAGCCAAGGAAGGGGAGAGUUUGCUGGAAGUGGUAGUCAAUCAAAACUUGGCCAUCGAUGGAUUUGGUGCAUGUGAAGGGACAUUGGCCUGCUCCACCUGUCACCUCAUCUUUGAGAAGGACGCCUUCCAAAAGCUGGAUGCCAUCUCAGAUGAAGAGCUGGACAUGCUGGACUUGGCGUACGGACUCACUGAGACAUCUCGCCUUGGCUGCCAGGUGUGCAUUAAGAAGUCGAUGGAUGGUCUGACAGUGCGGGUCCCCAUGGAUGUGUCGGACAUCAGGAGGCAGCUGGAGGUUGGAAAGCAAAGCAAACAGUAACUGGAAACGGCUCCUGCACAACACGUGUCCUCACUUUAGGUGUGGCAGGGUACUUUGCUUUUGGUUGACACUAUUGCUUUUUGUGGCUGGCUUGCAGUAGACAGUAGAGGUCUGAUUCAGUAUAAAUGCCUCUUUGGCAAAUCUCUUACUUAAACAAAGCUUAGUGCUAGGGUCUUUGGUUUUAAGUGCUUGAGUGCUCUGCUGAGCGCAACUGGACUAAAGCAUAUGACUUUACAUUUCCCUGGGCGGGUAACAGUAAACAUCUGUGCUGUAUGUGACUCACCCUCUCAUUUGAAAUUUAAGGAAUUCUGCUAUUCUAAGUAACUGUUAAGAAUCUUGCAAGGCUUGGCUCUUUUAACUGUAGAGCAGAUUUUUCCCAAUUUGGGAAGCUUAAGAAGAGAGAGCUGUUCCAAAUACAAGACGGUGUGCUGAUUGGCUUGAUGAUGUAGGCUAACUGAGUUUGCUUAGCAAGAACGUACUGAUAACCAUUUGAAUGCUGACGCGUCCUGUAAGAAGGAACCACUUUCUAUGAAUUUGAGAUGUUACAUGUCACUGAAUUGUUAUGUGCCAUGAUCUGCUCCUUUCUCCAAAUAGUAAAUUUUCCCA